AGUGCCCGCUCGGCUCCGCCCCCCGCGGCCCGGCAGCCCCGCUCCGGGCGGGAUGCGGGAGCCGCCGGUGGAUCCCGGCUCGGGUGCGAGCUCCCGCCCUGCCGGUGACCCCCGGCGCCCGCCCGGGGAUCCGCCAGCCCCCCGAGUAUGAAGACGCUGGUCCGGCUCUUCCUCACGCUGGUGUGCGCGGCGGUGGCGGCGGUGCUGUACAUCCUGCUCGGCUCCCACACCCCCGUGCAGCGCUGCUGCUCGGCCCCGGCGCUCCGGGACAGCCCCGCCACGGCCAGGGCUGACAGCGUCCGCAGCUUCCCGGGCUACAGCCGCGUUCCCGACGGGAAGCCGCUGGAGCGAGCGCGGUGCCGCCAGUGCGCCAUCGUCUCCAGCUCGGGGCAGAUGCUGGGCUCGCAGCUGGGCCAGGCCAUCGACGGGCAGGAGUGCGUCCUGCGCAUGAACCAUGCCCCCACCGCCGGCUACGAGCAGGACGUGGGGGCCCGCAGCACCAUCCGGGUGGUCUCACACACCAGCGUCCCCCUGCUGCUGGGCAACCAGCCCUACUUCUUCCAGCAGUCCCAGGAGACCCUUUACUUCAUCUGGGGGCCAGCAAAAAAGAUGAGCAGGGAGAAGAUGGGCUCAACCUACCAGGCUCUGGUCAAGGUGAUGGAGAAGUACCCCCAGCUGCAGAUCUACACCCUGACCGAGGAGAAGAUGACAUACUGUGACGAUGUUUUCCAGAAUGAGACAGGGAAGAACAGGAUGAAAUCCGGCUCCUUCCUGAGCACGGGCUGGUUCACCAUGAUCCUGGCCAUGGAGCUGUGCGAGCAGAUCUGUGUCUUUGGCAUGGUCAGCGACAGCUACUGCAGGGAAAAGAACCACUCCAGCGUGCCGUACCACUACUUUGAGAAGGGCAGGCUGGACGAGUGCAGGAUGUACCUGACGCACGAGCAGGCUCGGCGCGCCGGGCACCGCUUCAUCACCGAGAAAGCCAUCUUCUCCCGCUGGGCCAAGAGGGGGAACAUUGUCUUCAACCACCCAUCCUGGUCAGGCAGGUAGGGCGCUGCCACGGCGUGAGGCGGCAGGAACCUCGGCGCAGGGCAGCUCUCCUCCUGCAGCAACACGUCCCAGCUCUGCCGGUGGCACGGCUGGACACCUCCUGCCAAGCCCUGGAGCAGGGAGUCUCCGUCUCUGCACAGCAGUGCCUGUUUCCCAGCUGGUGGAGGGGCUGGGAACCCCCUGUUGGUACAUGGUGGGCAUGAGCUGGACCCAUGCAGCCCCACCAGCUCCAAAUGUCUGCCUGGAUGGAGCCAGGGAGACCUGGUUUUCUGCUCUCUCUACUAGGAGGAAUAUUUAAUGCAGGAUUAGACGUGCUGCUGGACUCCAGCAGGACAUGGGACAGAAAUGCUCAGCCCUGCCAGGGCCACAGACCUGUGCCUCUCACAGGGACGAAGCUCUACUGUGUUCCUCGCCUCACCUGUACCCUCUGGACAGUGCUGGGUGUGGGGUGCAGGCACCUGGAUCCAGGCUCUGCCUUCUGCUGCUUGGUGCCUGCAGCCCCUCAGCUGGAAACCCGGAGCCACCUGUGCCCUAGGGGCUAUGAAUUGCCUUGUCACAAGUGUCCUUGGAUUCAGACCAAAGCAAACGUGGCCAUUAAAAUUGUUUUUAAUUCAG